UGCCGUCGGAUAAAAAAUCUCGUGCUUGUAAGCCAUCCAAAAGGCGUAACCCAGAAGAACAAAAAUGGCGUCGUUGCGCUCUCACAUAGAGACAGUCCUAUGGACCAAGGACGAAAUCUCCAGCCGAGUCACCGAGCUAGCCUCCGAAAUCUCUGCCGAUUUCGGCGCCGCCGAUUCACCAGUCCUUGUUGGCGUCGCCACAGGGGCCUUCAUCUUCUUGGCCGACCUGGUCAGGAACAUCCAACUUCCCGUUUCCGUCGAUUUCGUUCGCGCCGAAUCCUACGGCUGCGGAACCCUCUCCAGUGGUGUCCCCAAGCUCUCUCUCGACUUGAAGGUUGAUGUCAAGGGCAAGCACGUCAUUCUGGUUGAGGACAUUGUUGACACGGGAAACACUCUGUCCAGUCUGAUUGCAUAUUUGGAAUCAAAAGGAGCAUCCUCUGUAUCAGUGUGUGCCUUACUCGACAAACCAACAAGAAGAAAGGUUCAUUUUCAGCUCGUGGGUGAAGGGAAGUUUUACCGGGGUUUUGAGGUGAGUAAAGGGCGAGGAGCUUUGGCAGGGGCUACAUUCCCAUUAGAAUCAUAAAUUAUGACACCAGAAAAAUCUGGUAGCUGGCACUUCCCUCCCAUAAGUAUGUUCUUCUUCCAGACCGAGAACUCUCCACUAAACAUGCUUUCUCCACCGUUUGACGUUCGGAUUGUUGCUUCGGUGUUGGGUUCUAUUACAGGGUCAUCGCUAUCAGGAACAUAGCAUGCUACCCAAUGAUUACGCCAUUUACGUGAAUGAGAAGCACACAUGAGCAGAGCAAUGGCACACACAAGAAGAGUCAUCGCUGCUAUGCAGAGUUGAAAUGUGCUUGGAAGAGUAUGCAUCAAUAGAAACUGGCGAGCCAUGGGGGAAAAGUGUGAUGCUGGGUUAUGCCUGAGAUAGUCAGAGAAAGGGUUUAAGUAAUCUUCAUGUUGGCCAAAAUGGGGUUGUUUGGAUUAGGAAGAUUCGUUAAGAUUGUAGCUUUAAACUUUUGACCAAGUUAUAUGGUUUCGGUGAUCUCUGACCACUGCUCCAUCUGAUGUAACUUUUACUACCAUGUUUUUUUCUUCUCUCUUCGGCUCAAACGUUUCCUUUGUUUAUAGAUAAUGCAACUUCUGCUCCAUCUGACACCCACUUUCCUUUGUGGGUUAGGUGACAUCUUUCUGAAAUAAUAAGGGGCUCAUCUAGGCCCUGAUGUUGCAUCGAUAGACCUCGACUCGUUGUUGAGAUCGAGCCCAAGUCCCAGUUAAGAUACAAUCUUGAAAUACUUUCAGAAUACUACAUCAUGAUUUGGAAAAACACAUAGUAAUAUGAAAAAGUGAUCUUUUGUUGUGUA